AUGGAGGGCCCCAAAGUGGGUUGGAACACUGCGCCGGCCAUACCUUAUGGUUCGGCGCCUGGUUCGGCCUGGAGCUCGAACAGUGGCUAUGCGCAUGCGCCUGCGCCGCCUCGACCACCGCAACAGCCAGGUCAGAUGCAGCUGCCGCACGAAGGGCCAUUCAGCGACCCGAACCUGACUCUGCAGGAGAUUGCAGACAAAGCUAAUGCACUCCAGCAGCAGAUAGACGAGAACGCUGGUCGGCAGAAGGCUGAGCUCCGAGCCGCGAUGGAGGCGAAGCAUCGGGAAGUCGACCAGCACUCCCAGGCAGUUCUCCGCCAUACAGUUCAGUCCAUUGAGGCUCGAAAAGCGAGCCAACUACAGCUGAUUGAGCGCCAACGAGCACAGGAGGAGGCUGCCAUCCGCAGCAAGGGAGCUGAAGCCAAGCAGCGGGUCGACCUCGAGGCACAGAGGGCCUUAGCUGCCCUGGAAACCAGUCAUGGCGGUCAGUGGAUGAAUCGCAGUCCAUGCAUCGCCUACAGAUAA